UUAAAAAGUAAUAAUUUAAUGGAGAAUGGGUCAUAGUUAAUUGCCUACAUGCAUGCAUGCCUUAUAUUAUGGAACAUCUAAAAAAAGUGGUUGUGUCUUAUAUUAUGGAAUGGAGGGAGUAUCUACACUUCAUCGUCCAAAUUAACACACUUAGAUUUGACAUUUGUGGAUAAUCAACUGGCUUGUGUUCCGCAAGCAUGCCAUCUGGAUUCUGGAGAUGGCAAGACAGGAAUAGAACUUGCUCCUCUCCAAUGCCUAGUGCUGAAGAGCAGGCAUGUGUCUUGCUUGAUGGGCGCACGGUGGCAGAGGUCGGAGCCUGGGGAAAACUCUUGUAGAUUCAUGAUCAGAGCAGACUGGAGCUUGUGUGGCACACAGGCAUGUUAGUAUUCUGUCUAGUUUUUGCUAGGACUAGGGGCAGGAUUUACAUAAUUUCCCCUGUGCUAUGUGCUAUUGCAAGGUACUACAUAUGUACUAAUUAGGAUUUAGGACUGCGAUUCUACCUUCAAGUAGAUAUAUUAAUUUAGGUUUGUGUAGAGUAGUUUGUGCAUGUGCUGGAAGUUCACUAGUCAUAUAGUGAAGAGAAAGACAUAGCUAAAAGGAGCCACACAUCCACUUUCCCAUUGGGAACUAACAAAUGCCUACUGUAGACAGCUGGAUAUAUUGUUCUGAUCGACCUGACAACUCUGACUACAUUUAGAACAUGGGCUCUCCUAUACUUUAUAUAAUUGGUAUCAAUCCGGAAUAUAUUCCGGUCUGCAACCGCAAGCUACUAGCUUGGGUUGUCUGCUGCACGCAAUUUGCAAAAGAUAAUAGGUAGUAAGAUGUUCAUCAUGAGAGCCAAACGCAUAGAUUAUAUUCGAGUAUUCCUAAUGUGAAGUGCUAUGUAUUAAUCCAUUAAGCACCCAUGUAUUAGUUCUCUCCAUUUUCCUUCUUAAAAGUACCCUUCUCUCCAGAGUAGACCAUAUCCAGUGCGCCAUUUCAUUAUGCUGCAUAGGAUGCUCUGGUAUUAGCAUCCUUCUGAUAAGAUAAAACGAUUAUAUUCUAAUAAACACCCUUGCUGACAAUGAAAUACCAUUGACUUCCGCGAAACUGCUUUGAAGAAUACCAGCGGAUGAUCUAGACUCAUGUUUUUUUUUAAUAUAGCUAUAUUUUUGUGUAAAUAUAUAUAAUUAGAAAGGUAACAAUCAGACACGUCUAUUGUUGGAGUAUAUUAUUGAUUUAGUUUAUUACUACAAUUAGGGAGCCAAGACAAUAACUACUUGGUUUCUCCCAUCGAAUCCAUCUGCUUGGUUUCUCCCUUAUGCUAAGGUUGCUGCUGUGCUGCUGUCGCUGCGGUCUUCGGUAGUCCAUGAGACGAUGGGGUUAGCUGGAGCUACGGUAGAAGCUGCAAUUGGAUGGCUUGUGGAAAGCAUCCUCGGGAGUUUCUUCACUGAGCAGAUGGAAGCCUGGAUUCGUGGAGUUGAGCUUACCGAAGGUGUCAAGAAGCUUGAAUUUGAGAUGAGGAACGUGGAGAUGGUGCUUGCUACUGCCGAGGGAAGGAGGAUUGACAAGAAGCCACUUAUCCAGUCGCUGGAUGUUCUAAGGGAGUUGCUUUAUGAUGCAGAAGACGUUAUGGAUGAGCUUGACUACUACCGGCUACAACAACAGAUUGAAAAAGGCGAAGGUUGCAGUGCUGCUGCUGCUAAUUAUCCUGAGGCAAGCUAUGCGUCUUCAUCAACUCCAUUUUCUCCUUAUCAACUACUACACAGUGCCAGGAGCCAAAUUACUGUUUGGGCCUCAUAUUGUAGAAAAAGGAAACAAGGAGAGGGAGACACAACUCAUUGCACCAUGCUGCCUCUUGAGAUCAGACUUGAUAUUUCUAAGAGGAUCAAUGGAAUAGUGAACGAUUUACAGAAAGCUGGCAAUUCUGUGAGGGGGAUUCUUCUACCAGGUGUCUCACACCCAGCUUUAACAUCAAAUCAGAGGCAAAGCAAGAUCAGGAACACACGCUUGACAACUUCUGUUCCUAUUGAACUUAAGGUGUACGGGAGGGAUGCGGACAGGGACAGGAUAAUAGAGAUAUUAUUAAAUGAGGAAUCUAGUGAUCUACGUGUUUUGCCAAUAGUUGGCAUUGGUGGUAUUGGGAAGACAACACUCACUAGAUUUAUAUACAGUGAUCGAAGAAUUAUUGAUCAUUUUGAUUUGCGAAUUUGGAUCUGUGUAUCCACUUACUUCAAUGAAGUGGACAUAACACGUGAGAUCUUAGAGCAUAUAUUUGAAGAUAAACAAGAUAAACAGGAAUUCAAAGAUGUUAGCAAUUUCAAUGUACUACAGGAGAUUCUUUUGAAGAAUAUUAGAGAUAAAAGAUUUCUUCUCGUAUUGGAUGAUAUGUGGAAGGAAAAAGACAUGAGUGGAUGGGAUAAGCUGUUAGCUCCAUUGAAACAUAGUCAAGUAACCGGCUGUAUGGUGCUAGCAACAACCCGAAAAAACUCAGUUGCAGAAAUGAUAGGAACAGUGAAUGCAUUCCAAAUCAGUGGUCUGGAUGAAAAGGAGUUUUGGCAGUUCUUCAAAGCAUGUGCGUUUGGCAAGGAAAACUACGAGGGUGAUCCUAGUUUGCAAUCCAUUGGGCGACAAAUUGCUAAAGCACUAAAGGGCUGCCCACUAGCAGCACGAAGUGUUGGUGCACUUUUGAACAGAAAUGUUAGCUAUGAACAUUGGAGGACAAUUCGAGACAAAUGGAAAUCUCUUCAAAUAAAAGAUGAUGAUUUUAUACCCAUCCUGAAACUUAGCUAUGAUUAUCUACCUUCUCACCUGCAGCGCUGUUUCUCCUACUGUUCUUUAUUCCCAGAGGAUCACCCGUUUAGUGCAGCAACUUUGGUUCAGGUUUGGAUAUCUCAAAAUUUUGUGCAAUGUGAAGAUAUAGGCAAGGGGUUGGAGGAGACAGGGUUGCAAUAGCUAGGUAGUUUGGUGGAUUUUGGAUUUUUCCAAAAGGUUGACCGGCACUAUGUUAUGCAUGAUCUUAUGCAUGAUUUAGCACAACAGGUUUCAGCAAAAGAAUGUUAUACGGUAAGAGGGUUGCAAUCUAGCACAAUUCGACAAGGUAUUCGUCAUUUGUCUAUCAUAACCACUGGUGAUGAUAAUGAUAAAAAUACCAAUUUUCCCACUGAGAAAUAUGAGAUAUUACAAAAGAUUAGGCCUUUGCAAAAGUUGAGGAGCUUGAUGCUUUUUGGAAGCAGCAGUGUAUAUCUAUUGAAGUCCAUACAAACUGUAUGCAAGGAAGCCAAAUGUUUACGGUUGUUAAGAGUUUGCGUCUUGAACGCUGACAUCAGUGCUAUACAUACUUUCCUAAAUCCUCAUCAUCUCCGCUAUCUUGAAUUUAUUCGUGUCUCGGAGACUAAAGAUAUGUUGGUAUAUGGAGACUACAAGGAUGCUGCUUUUCCUCGAGCUUUGACAAGUUUUUAUCACCUUCAAGUGUUGGACGUGGGGUUCUCUGGAAAUAUUUCUGUGCCUGCUGCUAUGAAUAAUCUAGUUAAGUUGCGCCAUCUUAUAGCUGAUGCUAAAGUGCACUUUUCGAUAGGUGGUGUGGGCAACAUGAUCUCUCUUCAAAAACUUAAGUUCAAGGUUCAAAAUAUUAGCGGUUUUGAUAUAAGACAGCUCCAAUCCAUGAAUAAGCUUGUAACUCUUGUAAUUUCUCAUCUUGAAAAUGUGAAGACUAAAGAUGAAGCCAACGGGGCCAGACUUAUAGAUAAAGAGUAUCUAAAAAAGUUGUUCUUGUCAUGGAGUGUUGGCAGCAUGAGCCUUGAACCUGAGAGGACAAAAGAUGUGCUUGAGGGUCUUCAACCACAUCAUAACCUGAAAGCUCUGUGUAUAGCUGGUUACACUGGUCCUACAUCUCCAACAUGGCUUUCUAGUAAUCUCUCAGUGACAUCACUGCAGACAAUUCAUCUUGUCAAUUGCAGGGAGUGGCGAAUUCUUGGAUCUCUUGAAAUGCUUCCAGUGCUUAGGGAAUUGAAAUUGGUUAAGAUGUGGAAUCUAGUGGAACUCUCAAUUCCCUCUUUGGAGAAGUUGAUUUUAAUUGAGUUGCCGAAAUUGGAGAAGUGCUUUGGUACUUAUGGGACAGAAUUGACUUCCCGUCUCAGAGUAUUGAAGAUCAAGGACUGCCCUCAAUUGAAUGAGUUCACUCCUUUCCAGAGCUUCUCUUCUUUCAGAACCGAGCAGAAGUCAUGGUUUCCAUCUCUAAACAAACUCACCAUUGGGUGUUGUCCUCAUAUAAGCAAAUGGGAAAUACUUCCUCUGAGAGAGAUGCAAUCACUGAAGGAGUUGGAGUUAGUACACCUGCAUGCAGUCAAAGAGUUGUUAGUCCUUCCACUGGAGAAGUUGGUUUUGAUUAAGAUGGCAAGCCUGGAAUAUUGCAGUGGGCUAACUUCUCCAUCCCUGCAAAUUUCCACUUCCUUAGGAGAUCGAAAUGAGUCGCUAUCUGGUCUUCAUGAUCUCACAAUUCAUGAUUGUCCUCGUUUGGUAGUUUCACAUCCUCUCCCGUUUUCUGCUCAGAUGCGGCGCUUCUCCAUCAGCGGGAUUCCAACUCUUCCAACAAUGGAGUUAACAUAUGAUUUGAAAAUCAAAUCUGAAGAGUUGGUUAUGCUUGAUGACAAGAUCAUAUCAUUCCAUAACUUUGCGCGCAUAAGAUCAUUCUGUCUAGUGGAUUGCCCAAAUUUAGUCUCUCUAUCUACUGAAGGUCUCAAUCAGUGCACAGUUUUAGAGAAAUUGCAUAUAAAGAACUGCCCUAAUUUGAUCAUUCCAAGCAGCUUUGUCGUCCCAUCUCUCCAAUUUAUCUCCAUUCAGGCAUGUGGCAUAUCAGGGCAUUGUUUAACAGAAAUGCUUUCUCAUGUGCAGUCCCUCCAUAGUUUGGAAUUACACGAGAUCCCACAACUAAAAUUUGUUUCGUUCAGUCAUCAAGCUGCGGAGAAGGAAGGCAUGAGCAGUUUGGAAGCUACAGCAGCAAGGCCCUUAGCCAGAGAUGAUAAACAGCUGUUGGAAAUUCCAUCUAAUAUCAUCCAUUCUCUAAGGUGGCUAGACAUCUCCAACUGCCCAACUGGAGUUUGUUGCAGGGGAGAGAGUACUCCUAGGAUACACCUCUCUUGAGCGUCUUCGAAUUCAGCGUUGCCCCAAGCUGAUGCCGUUGUUGGUCAUGAGUGAUAAGGUGGAUGUUGCAUUACUCCCACCAUCUCUUGAGAACCUGGAGAUUGAUAUGAGUCCUGAGCUCUCUGCUGCGUGGGAUCUCAAACUGCAGGAGCAUGGACAGAUUAUCCCACUGCAGCCUCAUCCGUCACUCGAAGAACUCGAUAUCUCUAACCUCACAGACAAGGACCAGUCCCGUUUGCUGCAAUUGUUCCCAACCAUCACAGCACUGUACAUUUGGCAGAGUCCAGAGCUGACAUCUCUCCAGCUGGGAUACUCCAAGGCACUGCGGGAGCUGAAGAUUAUAGACUGCGGCUCACUUGCUUCGAUCGAGGGAUUCGGCUCCUUAACAAACCUUAGGUCCCUGGCGGUAUCCAACUCACCUGGAGUACCUGCAUUCUUGGAGCUUCUGUCACAUCAGCAACUGGCCUCUGCGGAGAUCUUGUCCCGACUGGAAACCCUCCAGGUCGGCGAUGGCUCCGUCCUCACCGUGCCUCUCUGCAGACGGCUCGCGUCUCUGCGACGGCUAUCCUUCUGGUCAUGGGAUAGCAGGCGUGGCGAGACGAUGAUCGACCUGACGGAGGAACAGGAGAGGGCUCUCCAGCUCCUGGCCUCCCUCCAUCGCCUCGAUUUCUGGCACCUGCCGAAUCUCCGUUCGCUUCCUGCAGGCCUACGACGGCUGGCCUCCCUCGAGUGGUUAGACGUCGAAGACUGCCCCGGCGUCGCGAGGCUCCCGGAGAUGGGCCUUCCACCGUCGCUGACACGGCUGCAUGUACGCCGUUGCAGCGAGGAGCUAAGUAUGCAAUGUAAAAUGGCAGCAAGGGAGAAUCUAGAUGUCCAUAUUGAUGAUCUACCUGUUGACUAUGUCAUAAUUUGAGGAAAUUAGGGAAUUUGGGGAUUGAACUAUAUCUAUUGAGUUAGCCCAAAGGUCAUAUAUUGAGUAAAAUAGAGAUGGGAAUUGCCAAUAUACCCAUAAACACAUAAUGCUCUUAACAGACUACACUUGAGGAGAGUGCAGACUGCAUUCAAAUUAACAAGAUCUUGCACAUUGUUGUUGUCUGUGCUGCACUUGCUUCCUUCAGCACAGAUAUACUUCUGGAGCCAAUGUAUACGGUUAUAUGGCCUUACAACAAAGACCACUAUGUACGCAUCAACUCAUGACUGGUGACAAAUGUUAACCCUUUGAUUUCUGGAGAAAACUGCAUAGAGUUCAAUUGUGAAUUUGUGACUGGUAUAAAAAAAAUUGUUUGCUUUGAGAUCUAUGCAGUUAAUUUGGGUGAAUUAAUUAGUAAGCUUUUAGCCUUGGUUAUUGUCAUGGUGUUUGAGACAAUCGUCCGUGUUGAUGGUUAUGUUGGACGUCAUGUACAGACGAAAGCCAGUGUAAUUGAUUAGGGUAGCUAAAAACUGGAAUUGAUAGUGUUUACCAUGUACUAGUAUACUAGGAAUUAAGUCUUGUGUUUUGAGUUUAAUAAUUCGGUUUGAAUCUUAGCAUCGGGCGAAGUUGGCCAA